CGUGUAUAAGGAAAAAAAAAUAUAUUUAGCUAUAAAAAGGAAAAACAAAAUCGACGUAUUAUUGUGUGUUUUUUCUGGUUCUUAUUUUCUUCUUCUUCAUUGGCGAUUACUGCCUUAUUCGCUUAGAAAUCUGGCCUUGGACGGCAUCCAGUAAAAUUCGCAAUGGCGUUGAGAUUGGCUUCCAGGAAGUUGAGGAGCGAUAUCUCACCUAUACGUUCAUCGGCUUCUCUACUUCAUUCACAUGCUACAAGCUUUGGGUAUAGGGAAGUACGAGAAGAAGAGAAGACUAGGAUGGUCAGUAAUGUCUUCAGCAAUGUCGCCUCAAACUAUGAUCUGAUGAAUGAUGUGAUGAGUGGAGGACUACAUAGAUUAUGGAAGGACAGGCUGGUUUCCAAGCUGAAUCCAUUCCCAGGAAUGAAACAUCUUGACGUGGCUGGCGGGACAGGGGAUGUUGCUUUCAGGAUCUUAGAAACCAUAACCAGUAUCAGACGUAGAGUGAGGCAGAGUACUUUUGAUGAUUAUUUACAGGAUGAAACUCGAAUAUACGUAUGCGAUAUCAACCCAAACAUGCUAAAUGUAGGGAAAAACCGGGCUGUAGAGAGAGGUCUUGGGGAGGAGAAGUCUCUUACAUGGGUGGAGGGCGAUGCUGAAGCGUUGAGUUUUGAAGAUUUGUCAAUGGAUGGCUAUACAAUCGCUUUUGGAAUAAGGAAUGUGACACACAUAGAAAAAGUUCUUGCUGAAGCUUAUAGGGUGCUAAAAAGAGGAGGAAGAUUCCUUUGCCUGGAACUUAGCCAUGUGGAAGUUCCUGUAUUUAAGGAUUUGUAUGAUUAUUAUUCAUUUUCGGUAAUUCCAGCGCUAGGAGAGCUUGUUGCAGGUGAUCGAGAAUCUUAUCAAUAUUUAGUUGAAAGUAUCCGUCGUUUUCCUUCUCAGGAGAAAUUCGCUUCAAUGAUUGCAGAUGCAGGGUUUCAGAAAGUCGAAUACGAAAAUCUUGUUGGGGGAGUGGUUGCCAUUCAUUCAGGGCUGAAAAUUUGAAGAUAAGCUUGUGAGGUCUCUGUUUUCAUGGGCAGCCUUUUCCACACAAGAUUUUAUAUUCUUUUGCUUAGAUUUAAUGAAUACUAAUAAACUUGUUGCCACCGGUAAUUAUCUGUUGAUGUGGUAAUUAUCUUUCAUGCAUCCAAUAAUUUCAUUAGCUUCAAAUUGAAUUUGUCC